GAAGCUGUCAUUUAUUGGUAUUUUGCAAAUAGGGCGUCGAACAUAGUGAUUAGAAAUAUUCUUGUAUUUUCAAUGAUAUUGCAUAGUUUUUAACAUUUGUAUUGAAAGUUGGGAGCCGUUUUAAGUAUUUAUAAUGCUGACUACUUUGGCAAAUAUUAAACACAUUCUCCAGAAAGAGCUCUUCAAUGGAAGUGGCGAGCGAGUGUUGUCAGUGGUGACGGUGACAAAAACAUUUAAAAAGAAGAAGGCUUGUUAUUUAUGUAUCGUAACCACUCCGCCUCCUGUGCCUGUAGUUACUGUAUGCAUAGUGAAACAGUCUGAGCAAAGGGAAGGCGAGUAUAAAAAGAAACGUACCUGGCAGUUGGAGGAGAUUAAGUGGGUGGAUGGCCGCAAUGAGCAAUUUGAAACACAUGAGUUUGAUAUACAGGUUGAAAAAACAUAUAAAUGGUAUGCCUUAAAUUUGCACGAACGUCAAAAUUUUCUUGCUGUGCUAUACAAACAAAUACAAAAGUAUGUGAGAGCACAACGAGCAGAAUUUCGAAAUGUGCCCAUUGCGUGGCUAAACGACAAAUCGCCAGAAAAAUUGGCUGCUGGGCGGAAUGCCGAACAAAAGAAUAUUCAAGAUACAGAUGACGAAGAAGAAGCACAGGAGUUUACUGCACUUACAGAUAAAGAAGCCACUGAAUUGGGAAAGUUGUUUUCUGAGUGUGACUUUGCAGUGAAGGACGCGGAGCAACUUAUAGAGAAAUUGUCCAAGGAACUUCAUGAUUUAGACGGGGCAAACAUUCAAAGUGUAUUGGCAUCUGAAAAGCAAGUAUUUGCUUUAAUGGAGCACAUUGAUAAAGCCAUCGCUGAAGCCGAUAGUUUUGAGAAGCGUUUGGACUCAUAUGAAGAGAUUUUAGGACAUGUCAAAGAAACUAUGGAGAAGAUUGGUGGUAAAAAUGCUAUGAUAGAAAUUGCUAACAACAACAAUAUAAAAUUGAUGAAGGAGUUAAAUAAAGUAAUAUCUCAGUUGGAUCUGCCGCACAUACAUCAACAGGCGCUGGAUGAACCCGAUUUGAAAACUGUUGGCGGUAGAAAAGCUGCCAUUGCUGCCGCACAAAGUUUACAACAAGCCAUGAAUAGUGACAUUGAUCCAACUCUGCUCCGUCUAGAAGCAGUCCAGGAUCAGCGUAAACGAUUUGAAAAGUGGAAAGCAAAGUUCUCGGGAAUUGUUAGUCGCUUUAUGAAUAACUUGUUUAUACAUUUGGGAAAUGAGAUGGGGGAUAAUACGACAAUGAGUACUGAGCUUGUACUACCCAACCAUCUAUCGGUACAUCGUGAGCUAACGCCUUACACCGAGCUUAUGCAUUGGACAAAGGCUAUGGACCGCAAAACUUAUGAUGGUUUAACGCGCGUCUAUACCACAUCGCUAAGUAAAAUUUAUGAACGUGAUAUCAGAAACUUUUUUUCUUUGGCUAAACUCCAAAUAUCCGAAAAAUUGCGUACAUCUCGUGAAGACCUUGAUACAUCAGCUUCAUCGAAAAAAUCCGCGAUAUCCGCAGCACCUUACGGUACUUUAGGUGUGAAUCGUGAGCAAUGGGGGCCAGGAGUGGAGAAUGCAGAUCGCGAACGCUUUGACUCAGUACUCGAAAAAGUGUUAGCGGAGCUGGAGCCAGUCGCCCUGCAGGAGCAGAUGUUCUGCAUAAACUUCUUCCAAAUGGAUGUAAUCAGCCCAACAUCGAAGAAUACUCAAACCACCUUAGAAGUUUUAGAAAAAAGUACUGACUCCGCUAGUCUUCUGACUUCUCCCACAUCGGCAAGUGGAGGAGGCGACGCUAGUGGAUUUCCACAGAAGAAAAUAGAUCGCCAAAUAAACGAAGAGGUCCGCAAAUUGAUGAUCGCUUUAUUUGGUUGCCUAGAGCCAGAGUUGGUGAGCUUUAUACAAAGCUUUGAACGCAUUGAUAGUUUCUAUUCACUUUACGUGCUCGUACGCCUAACGCAGCACGUCAUGUCCGCCCAGGAUACACAUUCCUUCCUUAGUAUGACCUUCGCCUCGGCGCUGGUGCAAGUAAAACGAAACUUUGACCGCUUUAUGCAGCAACAACUUUUGUCGAUCAAAGAAGCUAAAGUGCCUAAGCGUUCCAAAUGUGGCAUCUUGCCAUACGUGGAGAACUUCGAGUAUUUCGCACAAACUUCCGAGGGCAUUUUCCGAAAAUCGGAUCGUCGCACUGAUAUGGAAAAGUGGUAUUUACAGUUGGUGAAUUCCAUUUUUGAAAGCAUCAGUGUGCAUGCGCAAGAGCACCCGAAAACGCCGUCGCAAGUCGUGCGCAUGGAAAACUACCACCACAUGUACUCGUUACUGGCGCAGCUAAAGGUGCCCGGUCUAGACGCUAUGAAGAAGGAAGCUAAAAUGCGUUAUACUGAUGCGCUGAAAGUUUAUGUCAUACAAUAUUUUGGGCGUCCGCUGGAAAAACUAAACCUCUUCUUUGAAGGUGUCCAACAAAAGGUGGCUCAAGGUGUCAAAGAGACGGAGAUCAGCUACCAAAUGGCGUUCUCUAAGCAAGAAUUGCGUAAAGUUAUCAGCCAGUAUCCGGCACGUGAGGUGAAAAAAGGUCUAGAGAAUCUCUACAAAAAAGUCGAAAAACACCUCUGCGAGGAGGAGAAUCUGCUGCAAGUUGUUUGGCACGCCAUGCAAGAGGAGUUCAUUGCGCAGUACAAUUUUUUGGAAGAACGUAUACAGAAAUGCUACGCUGGGGCGAUGAUUACCUUAGAAUUCAACAUACAAGAUAUAUUGAACUUCUUCUCGGAUAUAGCGCGUUCGCAUUGAAAUUGCGUAGUGGUAGAUACCUUGUUUGGAGAGAUCAAGAAUUUCGUUAUUUUUGUGGAACGAAAGUCACUUUCAAAUAUUUUUACGAGUAUUGUGUAUUAUUAUUAUUACGAAUGUAAAGCUUAGCUUUGUGCACCUUGUGACAAAUUAAUGCUUUUAAAAGUAUGUAGGUAUGGAAAUAUGUAAGUUUGACAGUAAGACGUGCUGAAUAUGUAUUAUUUCUAAGUGUAAUAGAGCAAAUACAUACAUAUAAUAUUAAUAUGAAUAUACCACUUUGAUAUACAUAUGUAUGUAUGAAUAUGGUGAAAUGUGCAUUGUGUUUGUGAAUUCGGAUUUUUUAUGAUCGUGUGUUUUCUAUCAUCACAACAAGUUUGAGAACCUCUGGAGGCGAUCACAUUUGUGGCGCUCAAAACAUGCCCGUCUCAGUACUAAACACACUCAAAAGAGCGCCCAAUGUCGUGGAGCAGCAGCAGUGAUAAAAAAGCUGCUCACUCACUCUGCUCCGUUGGCGCUCGUGUAGCAGCCCUGCUCACCUGCGCGCUUAAAACGCCGAAAGUGGUUUCGCUGUCUCAUUGAGCUGCUGAGCGGCUGGAAGUGAGCCCCACCGGCGUGUUCUGCUUCAGUGCGAUUCUGAGUGUUCAAACGUGAAGUCGGGUUGGCGAAGUCGGCGCGCGUGUGUGUGUGUGCCUUUGUGUUUUUAUUUACAAACAAAAAUUAUUGCUUUUCAGAGUUUAACGUUUGCAUUUGCCACCUUCUUCCGCCAAUAAUUGCUGCAUUGGCAUUGUUGUUGUCACCAAUGCCGUUUGAUUUGCAGCAGCCUUUUUUGUUAGUGGGCGCAUACCUACAUACAUACAUACAUA